UAUUUACGUAGAAAAAACCCACCACAACAACUUGUUGGCACAGCUCUGUUUGAAGUUGGUUCCCCUGUUCUCUUUGUCAAACCUCAAACACCAAUCAUCAAACCUCGGAUUUCUCAUCCGUGUUUGCUGUGCAGAAUUUAGAUCAAGAAUUUUCUCUCACUCCCAUCAUCCUUGUUAUCAACAACCAAAGAUUAUCACCCGGUGAUCAUGGCUAUACCUGAAGAUGUUCUGGUGCAGAUUCUGCUAUGGCUGCCUGUCGUUUCUCUACUGCGAUUCAAGUGCGUCUCUAAAUCCUGGUACGCUCUCAUUACCCACCAAAACUUCACAGAAAAGCACCUCCUCCGCAACCUCUCCACCCCCAACAACAACAACAACAACAACACCGCCCGUUUUCUCGCUCACCGGCGCGACAAAACCACCGGUGAUUACGUUGUCUCCAGCCUUUCUUAUGAACCACUCCAAGUCCUUCCUUCGACACAACAACCUCUACCGCCGCCGUAUUCCGGGAUCGACAAGAAGGUGGAGGUUUUCGUGGUGGGCUCUUGCAACGGUGUCGUUUGUCUGUACGACAACUAUGAUUUGAAUAUUGUUCUCUGGAACCCUGCAACCAAAGAAACAAAGGUUGUUCCCAAAUCAACCCUCCCCCGCUUCCCUGCUUUCUUCCAAGCCAGCACCAAUGGCAUUGGAUUUGGGUUUGAUGCCAGAACCAACGACUACAAGAUAAUCAAGCUUCUUUGUCUCUCUGAUCCCGACCCCAAAUUGUCGUAUUUUCAGAUUGAUUUCAUAGACCAAAACGAGAUUUAUAGCUUGAGCACCAAUUCUUGGAGAAAGGUGGACAACCCCCCCUGCAUAAUUUUUGAUGGGUUUAAAGGUAUGAAGGCAUACACAAAUGGGAUUGCUUCUUGGUGGGGAUUAUGUGGGUGGGAGAGUAUUUUGUCGUUUGACAUGAGCAGUGAGGCAUUUCUAGCAACACCGCUGCCAAAUGAAAGAAUCAUAGGGCGAAAGAGUGAAAAUUGGAGAGAGUUUUUUGUGAUGAAUGAAAAGGUUGCUCUGGCUGUUGGUGUGUUGAAUGAAGAUCAGCUGGAGAUUGGGUUUGAUGUGUGGUUGUUGAAUGAAUAUGGUGUGAAGGAGUCUUGGGCUAAGCUCUUCACUCUUGGACCUUUUACAGGAAUCAGAAAACCAUUGGGAUUUUGGAAGAAUGAGAUUGCAUUGUUCUUGGAAAGUAGUGGUGGACGGCUGGUCGUGUAUGAUUCCUCUACCAAAGAAAUGGUUGAUCUUCAAAUUGAUGGAGAGCCAUUGUCGUUGCAGGUGAUUACUUAUAUGGAGACCCUGGUCUCUGUCAAGGGAGGAAAUCAGGAAAUGGGAUUUGAAAAGCAGGACACACUUACAUGGAUGCCUUAAGAGUUUUAUUUAUUGUUAUCAAAUGAUGCCUCUCUUAUAUAUAAACCUUAUCCCUGUAAAUUUUCUAUUAUAAAGGAACCCAUAAGAAUAAAUAAGGGUCCAAGGACAUCAAUCUGAUUUGUAGC